AGGUUCUGGAACAGAGGCUCAAGGAUGAGAUCACAGUCCAUUGGUCAAACUAUGGAUGAGGCUUAUGAGACUUUUGAACGAUGCCUCUCAGAAGGAGUUCGACAGUCUGAAGAAUCAUGCGAGAAAUUAAUGAAUAAAGUGAUAGCACCAGGAGGGAAAAAAGGCAGUGGAUAUCAUAAAGUAGUGAAGUCUUUAUGCAAGAAUGGCGGUGUUUACAAACCAAAAGGGAAAAAGAAAAGCAGGGAAAUAAACCUUAAUGAGAGUUUAGCCUCAUGUAUGAGAAGUCUCAUUGAUGAAGAGUUUAAGACAUAUUUCCCAAACGAGGGCAAACGUGGCCCAAUCAGAGAGCAGAUUGAGAAUUCCUCCCUUGACACAAACAGCUUGGUUGGGGAGCACCAGGAAGUGUUACUUCAUCUGACAUUCCUCAAGGCAGAGGAAACUGAAUUGAAGGCAAAACUAAUCUGUGACCUCUGCGAGAAAAAGAAAAAGAUCUACUCCACUUUAACCGAGUCAAUCAAGGACUCCAUGCAUCGAUGCUAUAUAAGGGCAUCAGAGCAGACAGGAAAAGAUUCUCUGAAAAGGAUGAAAGCUGAGCUCCAUCAGCACAUGAAGAAUAACAACAUUUUCCAGAAGGCCAAGGAAGAUAUGCUGGGUUGUUUAACCAACCUGAAGGAUCACAUCAUGAUGCAGCUGAAGUGUAAACUACAAGAAUCAAUGGAUCUCUCACUGAAGACCCCCAACAGCUCGUUCCUCCCAGAUGAUGUCACUGUGGAGUAUAACAAGAUGAAGAUGUGCUAUGAGAAACUGAUGGGUUGCUCUAGUACAGUACACUUCACUCCAAGACUGGAUUUACACACAAAAACUACCGUAUUUGAAUCACAGUCUGGGAAUGGUAGGAAGCGUGUGCAGGUGUCAACAGGUGUACCAAUGUUAACUCCUGAGAUUGUCAAAGAUCUUACAACACAUAACCACAAGCCUACGUAUGGGCUCAAUGCCCAAGGCAGGUCUUUUCAGUGCAGUUCCACUGGACUGGUGUUUUCUGAUGAAAGGAAAGGAGAUGUGGUUUACAAGGUGACUCAAUGGGACAGCAGAACUCCUGGGCUCCAGGAUACCAGCAGGACCCCUAUCAGCAUUGACUGUCUGAGCAGUCUGUACGCCAAUGCAUCUCCACACUGUAUGUGUGACGUAGUGAUUAUGUGUAUGUGUGAUG